AUGUUGCGGCCACAAGUCCUACAAAGGAUAGUGAUAUUGGGAGAAAGAGUGUGGGGUCGUGCAUUCACCAAAUUGCAUAUGCAAGCAGCUGCCUCCGCAUCAGAAAGAUCACGGAUGAGUGAACAACAUGGCUGCGCAUUUUCAAAGUCUAGGAAAUUUCCGGAACGUCUUAGGACAUUGGAACAUGCCCUUAUUUGGCCAGCAUUCCUCGGACAUGUGCUAGGCGGGGGUGGUGGUGGUUGGACAUUCGGUGGAGGUCGUGGUGGAAUUUGGGAAGGGGGCAGUGUUGGUUGGGAGUUUGGAGGAGGUGGUGGUGGAGUCUCUGGUGGAGGAGUCUUUGGUGGUGGUCGUUGGGAGUUUGGAGGAGGUGGUGGUGGUUGGACAUUAGGUGGAGGUGGUGGUGGUGGUGGAGUUUGGGAAGGGGGCAGUGUUGGUUGGGAGUUUGGAGGAGGUGGUGGUGGAGUCUCUGGUGGAGGAGUCUUUGGUGGAGGGGGUGGUGGUGAAGUCUGCGGUGGAGGCAUUGGUGGUUCUGAAUUUGGAGGAGGUGGUGGUGGAGUCUCCGGUGGGAGAGUCUUUGGAGGAGGUGGUGGAGGAGGUGGUGGUGGAGUCUUUAAUGGAGGCUGUGAUGGUUGGGAGUUUGGAGUUGGCGGUGGUGUGUUUGGAGGAGGUGGUGGUUGUGAUGUUGGUGGCUGA